CACCGGUGUUGUAGUAAUCCCAGCAGAAUACACCCAAAAUUUCAAGCCUUUUCCAUUAUGAAUUUGGCCACGCUUCUAUCGCUUUUUCUAGCGUUGGUGUUUACUGCCCAGGCAGUCUUUGUUAAUGACGCGUUCAAGAAGGACUGGGUCAGCUAUAAUCUAGGCCCUGCUAUCAAAUAUGCGCUAAUCGACCAUGAAACCGUGUUGGAACUCUCGGAGAGUAACAUUUUGUACUAUAGAGAUAUUCUGUCUUCGAAAAUAAAAGGCUUUAUUGACUUGUCUCUCCAUGGAAGCAACGAUUUCAUGGUUGGCGACGCCACGAUUGCGACGUUCUCGAACCACAGCUCUCUGGUUUCAGUCUUCGACAGAAAAACAGGCAUUUUCAUCGUUUCAAUCCCGCUUGAAAACCCACCAAUACAAAUAAAGCCAUACAGCAACUACGGGUGGACGUUUCUCCAAGAGGGAGAUGUUGAAAACGAGCUCGUCACAUGGGACGGCCUCACUUUGACCAAGCUAGGUAGAUUCUCUGCUCAUUCUUUCUCACAAUUCUCUGCACCGGAUACAACGUAUUUGUGCAUAGAAAAGAGUGCAUUCCUGCUCACGUUUCAGGAAAAAGAACAAGGCCGUGUUUUGGAGGUUGCUACUUUGGACCAUGGUGUACUUUCGGACUUUUUAUUUCCUCAGAUGUUGGCUGACGGAGGCAAGCUUAAAAGUAAGCAGAGCACUCAAGUGUUCAUUACAGAGACCGUCAUUGUUAGCUACUGUGGGAAAUCUCUUGUCUUGUCCACAAUCUCUGAUGGUGUACCCAAAACUGUCUUCAGCAAGGUCUACGAUGAGAUCCUUGACGUCCAAGUUUCGAACAAGGCAUUUGUCGUGAUCACCCAGAAAAAAGCGCAUAUUCUCGAUUUGGCAAAAUUCUUGGACACGGGCGCUGAGCCAUCAAUACAAGACGGCCUGGUCAAGGUGUUACCUUACUUGAAGCACGCCAUUUUGACCUCAGGCCAUUUUAUCACCCUAAACGGUGAUAAAUCCGGCGAGAAAGUGAUAGUACACGAUUAUGACGUCAAAUCAGACUCAUCUCGUGUUUCGCCCUUGCUGCUGUCUCUGUUUUCUGCCACGGGUGAAAGCAUCAUUGUAAAUAUACCCCCUCUGGCUUCAAGGAUUGAAGAAGCUCAUCACUUGGUGGAAGAAUCACGUUCUCUGAGCAUCAUCUACCGCUGGAUUGUGAGGGUGUUGUCACAUUUAUCUCGAUUUGGUCGGCUUUUGUACAAUAUCAUUUCGAGGACAAAGUCAGAAGCGUCUUUGACUGAUGAAGACGUGUUUGGGUUCAACAAAAUUCUUCUUCAAAUCGAUCACCAACGGCUGCAAGUUGCAGCAAAGAGCUCCAGAAAUGGCAGAGUCCUAUGGAUCCACACUAUUGAGGAUGGGGGCAAGAUCCAAGAAGUAAGGGCUCUGGGCUCAAAAGCAUUUAUCAUCUUCGAUGGCGCAGCUCAAACUCUCGAUCUUGUUUCAGGUGAAUUGAUUGCAUCGAGGGUCUUUGAUGGCGUUGUUGAAAAAGUUGUUACUCUAGUCACCGACAUUCCUCAAGACGAGUUGGAUGAGCAUACCACAGUCGAAGCCAUUGCUGUCAAGAUUGAAGACAAAUUGGAGUAUCUUGUUGGUGAGCAGAACGUGUCGGCGUCCCAAUUUAUUCUUCAUCAAUAUGCGAACAGCCUCCAAGCUUACAGAGUCGAUGAAACAAGCUUGACACCCACAUGGCAAUGGCACAAACCCGACCAUAGACUCUUGGCGGUCACUAAGAACAGCAAUACUUUGACAUCUGCAGGCGGUAUUGCAAGAUACGACCGGUCCGUUCUCUACAAGUACUUGAACCCAAAUCUCGUCUCCAUUAUAAGUGAGGACAAUGGCAAGGUCAUUUUUACACUUGUAGACGGAAUCACGGGAACUGUUAUCCACACUCAAGAGCACAAAGAUGAACUGAUUGAUCUCGAGUCAAUCUGCAUAACACAGACCGAUAACUGGGUCGUGUAUUCAAUGUUUGUGGUCUCGCCUCAUAGCGAACAAAGACUCGUUGCUAUUGAUUUGUUUCAAGACACCAAAGACAUCUCGGGAGCUGAAAAGACCGCUUUCAAUUCUCCCAAUGUCACGGCAUCCGCCAAAACUUUCAUAUAUCCGGAGCGCAUUAUGUCGCUUGAGUCCACAGUGACCAAAUUCGGCAUCACCGUCAAGUCUAUCAUUGCGCUCACACAAUCAGGAAGCUUAGUUGAUAUUCCCAAGUUUCUCCUCAAUAGCAGGAGAGUUGACGGCCGCAAGUUGACCACCGAGGAUCAAAUGGAUGAUUUCCGCAUGCUUCCAUAUGAGCCUGGCAUCCCACAAAACACAUUCAAGGUCCUCAAUCACAAAUAUAAGCUUCAGGUCAGCGAAAAUCUGAAGAUUUUGGUGCUGCCCACGGAGCUCGAAUCUACGUCUGUGGUUUGUUUUGUCAACAAAUUAAAUGACUUCUGCACUAUCGUGCAACCUUCAUCCUCUUAUGACUUGCUCAAAAGCGAUUUCGAUAAACCCAAACUCAUUUUAACUAUUGCGGCCUUAGUCGCCGCCUAUUUGUUCAGCAAGCCGCUUGUUCUUUCGAAGAAGCUCAACCAGAAAUGGAUUGAUUAAGCUCGCAACCAGCAUCACUGACAUCUGAAGAAAAUCAAAAACAAAAAAAGAGAGAUACUGAAGAUGAUAUACAUAAAUGCUAUAAUAUUAUUGAGUUGAUGUCAGGUUAUUCGCUUGGAGCCAAAAUGGGCUUAGAAUUCAUAACGUAUUCCAUGACUUCUCUGUGCUGUUGAUUGUCUGGGUUGAUCCCGAAUAGCUUCCAGUCUAUAGUUUUAGCACAUACAGACUCCGUCAAUUUCUCAGUCCGAAAGACCUGCCAGAGCAGUUCGUAGUGCAAGCCCG